UCACGACGCAGGUUGGCCAGGUGAUGACGUAUGGCCCCGCCCCCCUCUCCCUCAGUAGUAGCGGCGGGUGAGCGGGCGGUCGGGACGAUGGUUCUCAUUAAGGAAUUUCGGAUAGUCCUUCCAAUCUCCGUGGAUGAGUACCAGGUGGGGCAGCUGUUCUCUGUGGCAGAGGCAAGUAAGAACGAGACUGGCGGCGGCGAAGGAGUUGAAGUGUUAAAAAAUGAACCAUACGAGAAAGAUGGCGAGAAAGGACAGUAUACACACAAGAUCUACCACCUCCAGCGCAAGGUGCCGAAGUUUGUGCAGAUAUUAGCUCCUGAGGGAGCGCUGAAUGUACACGAGAAGGCGUGGAAUGCAUAUCCGUACUGCAGAACUGUUAUCACGAAUGAAUACAUGAAGGAUGAUUUCCUGCUCAAAAUUGAAACCUGGCACAAACCUGACCUGGGCAACGCAGAAAACGUACACUGCCUGGAACCCAACACAUGGAAAAACGUUGAAGUAGUUCAUAUAGACAUCGCAGACCGGGACCAGAUCCAUGCUCGGGAUUACAAACCAGAGGAGGAUCCAGCAAUAUUCAAAUCAGUCAAGACGGGUCGUGGCCUCCUGGAUGCUAAUUGGAAGAAAAACCUGCCAAAGAGAAGAGAUUGGCCACACAUGUGUGCAUACAAGCUGGUGACUGUGAAGUUCAAGUGGUGGGGCCUUCAGAAUAAAGUGGAAAGCUUCAUCCAGAAGCAGGAAAGGCGAUUGUUCACAAUCUUCCACCGGCAGCUGUUCUGUUGGAUGGAUCGGUGGAUCGAGCUGACCAUGGACGACAUCCGCCGCAUGGAGGAGGAGACCAAGAAGGAGCUGGAAGAGAUGAUAUUGAAUGGUCCCGUGAGAGGACUGACUGCCACUGAUGACUAGUCCCGGACUCUCUAUGCACUGUUACCGCGCCUGAGGCUCCAACACUCCAGCCAGCGAGGGACGUCCUGCCUCUGAGUAAACCCCCUCCCCCUCACCCCUCCAUUCACAGGAUGAUUUUUAACAAAUCUUCAGAUGUUUCUAGAAGAAAUUGAUUGUUGGGAGCAGACAGAGGAAUUUAAAACAAAAGAAAGCACUAAAUUUUAUCCCAUGCAGAAUACAUUGAGUGUUAGGGUUUGCUGUGCUGUACCUGUUAUUAUCGAUAUACUGUGUGUCUGAUCCAAACACUGACUGACUGUGGUUUUAAGGUGGUGACCAAUCUACACCGUCUCACCGCCUGGCCAUGAUGUGCUCUUCUGAUUCCCACUUCUGUUCAUGUGAGGUGAUCUAUUAACAUUGUUAAUUUAUUGAUGUAUCAUUAAUUUAUUUGGUUGUCUUAAGUGCAAUAAAAUGCUCCUGAGUUGCCCCCUCUGGAGCAGUGCUGCAUUCCAUGUUUUCCAAAAGCGCAGGUACCUCCAUUAGGAACUAGUUUGUGGGGGAGGGUUGGGGGGGAUGGGAAGGAGGAACACGAAGUGGGGCCAUCACAGGAUGUUGUUGGUUUGGAGUGGGGUUUGGUGAGAGCCAUGGGAACAGGCUUUGACCUCUCCAGAGGUUCGGCCCCUGCUGCUGAAAGGGUGGUUGGGCACAUCAGAGGCAUUUGCCUUGUAUUGAGGACCUUUACGUGCUGGGGAUGUGGCUGUCUUGGCACAUAAAGCUGUGGCCAGACCCAAGGAGCUUACCUCAGGGCUGAGAUUCUGUAACGUCGCUCCCCCCUCGUCCCCCACACACCCCGGUUUACUUUGAGUGCUUAAUUCAUGAGGUCUGUCACAUUCUCUGCCUCCCUGAAUCAACACCUUCCUCUGUCGUACUGUAGCCAGUUCUGGUUUUUCGUUUCUUGAACAAAGCAUCACUUAUUUUUUUAAUUGUUUCUCUCAUGCAAUAAAUAAAAAUGUCCAAUAGCA